CACCGCCAACAUUUUUAAGCUAGCAAACAUUCCCUUAUCAGGUCUCGUCAGGUUGAAAAACACCGUUCAAUGUAGUGAUGAAUGUACCGUACAGUAAGCGUGGCACUCUGUGUGUUUUCAGUUGGGUUGGAUAACUUUGCCCAGUGGAGAUGGAUGAUGAGCUGGAGAACUUCAUCAGGCAGCGGAAGGCCAGAGUGGCUGAGGAUAAAGCCCGCUUAGAGCAAGACCCUCCUUACAUGGAAAUAAUGGCAAAACCCCACAGAUCCUAUGGGUCCACUAUUAAGGAGAACAUCCCUCCUAAGUCGAUAGCACAGGGGAAAGAGGAGAACAGUAGUGUAGGUCUGCCCCUCGGUCUGGAGUACGAGAAGAAAAAACAGCGACUGCAGCAUGAGCUCCGUAUGGACUACAGGCGCUACAUGGCUCAGAAACAGCACUUGGACCCCGUACAGCCCGGACCAUUAAUUCACCUUAAUAACAGGAGGUCUGUUAAGCAGCACCUCCUAGAAGGCCGAACAGGUGACCUCAAACAGCGACUCCCCUCGUGGAGGGAUGCAGGCACUCUGACAGAGGACAGGGGGGGAUUGCACAGGGCUCUGCGCCUCGCUGAGGAUGAGACUCUUUGCCCUGAGGAGGAUGAGGAGCAGUUGUCAGUACUUUCCAGGCAUCGCGGCAGGCCGGGGAAGCCAAUGGACGAGGAGGUAGAGGAGGAGGAAUACACCAAGGAGGAGAUGGAGCUGAUGGAAGGCAGGAGGCGCAGACAUAUGGGGGUGGAGGCCAGUUAUGAGCAGAGACGAUCCAAUAAGACUGAUGAAAGGGAGAAGAGAUAUAUUCCUUUAGGUUUUGCCCGAGAAGGCAGGAGAUCAAGAGCACUGACCAAAAAUGAUGAUGCUGAGUUUGCUACUGGCCUUAUAAUUGGAGCGGCUGAUACAGAUGAGGUUUUACAGAGGAGGAAAGAGAGCUACAGACAGGAGCUACAGGAGCAGAUUGCUGAACAGCACAGAAACAAAAAAAGGGAGAAAGAUUUGGAGCUGAAAGUUGCUGCAACAGGAGCAAAUGAUCCUGAGAAACAGCCGGACCGAAUCAGACAGUUUGGUCUGAGCAGGAGGAAAGAUCCUCAGGUUUUGGAACCUUCAGCAACAGGAGAGAGCGAGUCAUCAUCCAGAGGUCUCUUUAAUAAUGAGAAGACUGCUGUUCGAGACAGAGAGAUGCCUCCUCCUGAUAAGCCCCACGUAGCCUUCCAGUCCCCUGUGUUGGAGUACAACUCUGCCCUGGGCCUGGGGGGAGGCGCUCUGUCUCCCAACAUCCAGCCUGCUGGCCCCUCCUUCCCCAGAGCCAUGGACACUCCGAGAAUCCCUUUGCUCCCUCCACAUCCUCCAUCAACACUCAGUGAAGCCUACAGGAGCACAUACGGAGAGCCUCAUCACUACUACAGCAACAGGAACCUGCUUGACCCUAACAUGGCCUACUAUGGUCAUUUGUCUGUUCCGGGUGCCGGCCAUCCUGUGUCCUACUGGAAUGUACCACCGGGGGGUGCUGUCCCAAUCCAGUUUGGCAACCACAGCCCUCACAGCCAGCACAGUGGAAGCAGCUUCCCUGAGCCUCCAACACAGCCCAGCAGUGAGGCUGCUACUGCGGACUCAAGUACUGGACUGUUCCCUCCAGAGAGAUCCAAAUCAACCAGGGAGAGGAUUUACAGAGAGGCUCUGAAACAACAGAUUCAGGAGCAACAAGAACGGAGGCGUCUGGAGAUUGAAGAGCAGGAGCACUACGAUGCUCAGCUGGAGUCCGACAUGAAGAACCACCAGCCGUGGGGUCGAGGCGGAGGAGGAGCUCCGCUCAGAGACAGCACGGGAAAUCUCAUCGCUGAUCUCAAUCAGAUGCACAAGCUGAACGAGGAGGCCUACAGUAACCCGGAGCAGUGGCAGAGGAGAGCCACAGCGGCCGUGACAGCACGCAGGACAGAGCACCCGGACCCCAACGAGAGGGUCUCUGGUUUCACUCAUGUCCAGACGCCUCAGUUUGCCAGAAGCAACGUGUUUGCCAACCAGCCCAACCUGCAGCAGCUCCAGGAGCAGGACAAGUACAAAAGUUAUCUCAAACAGCAGAUUGAGGAGAAACUGCGUAAAAAAACAGAAGAGAGGGAACGGACCAGACUGGAGGAAGAAAGGGAGGAGAGGAGGCUGGAGGAGCAGAGGGCUCGCAUUCAGAGGGAGUACGAGGAAGAACAAGAGAGAAAGAAACGGAAAGAAAUGGAGCAAAAGGCCAAGAACGAGGAGCUGAUUCAGCUGGCUGAACAGCGUAAGAGGGAGGCGGAGAGGAAGAAGAAGGAAGAGGAAGAGAAGGAGAGCGCAUUGCUGAGGAUGCAGUAUGAGAGGGAGAGGCAGGCUCGGGUGGAGGAGCCUCUGUUUAGGAUGCAGGAUCAGCCAUUGGCAGUCAUUUCCCUUCAGGAGAAUUUGGCAGGUGUGAAUUCAUCAGAUCCUGGAUCUUCUGCUCCCUCAGAAACCACUAGAGCAGGGACGGACUGUGUCACAUGGAGGGCAACGAUUAAACAGGUCCACAGGGAGCCCUCCCCUCCAAUCCCCACCCUCCAGAAGAAACACGGGCUACACCGAUUCACUCCGAGACCUCCCAGUAUAGAGAGCCGUCAUUCUACUGCACCCCUUUCUGAGCGUUCUUUGUCUGGGCUCCAGUCUCCUCCUGUCCCUGCUUGUAGGAAUCAGCUGCGAGCUGCAGGAGACCAGCGGGACGUGUACAACGAGCUGUCAGCGUUGCGUCGGCAGCUUCGCAGUGAACAAAGACGUCUGGAGGGUCGACUGCAGCAAGGCGACUGGGAGGAAUUAAACUCUCCUCUGAGUGAAAGACAUCAGGAUCGUCCAGCGGUGGAUGUGUUUGAUAUGGCCAGGCUGCGGCUCCAGGCUCCGGUCCGAAGGCCCAACUCCAGAAACGCACAGCCCAGAAACCUGCUGCGAAUCCACGACUCUCUUCAGCUCAAAUACACAGACGGUGAAUCCAGGCUGGACUCCAGUGAGGUUCCUAAGCUGGAGGAAGUGGGUGUGGUCAGUAGGAGGAGGCAGGACUACAGGGAUCCAUAUCACCAACUCAGCAGCCAGAGGUCCACAGUACAGGAUGAUUAUUUUGACCUGUCCCCACCACAUCCAAAUGAUUAUAUGAGGAGUGUGAUGGGAGGAUCUGCCAGCGGUUCUCUGCUGGAGUCAGAGAGUGCUUUCAUUGAUCCUCUAGGCGAUGCCUUUCCAGUGCCACGCACCCCAGAGCUUGAGAAGAUCCCCCAGCUGUCAGCCAGAGAGAGGAGGAGGAUGGCAAAACAGUCACAGCGCCCACAGGAACGAGCUGCUUCCAGCCAGCUCAUUGGUCAAUUAGGAGACUAUUCCACCCACACAGGUAACAGACUGCAGCACAAUGCAGAGCCCAGUGGAGAAGGGAGGAACCGGGACAGGACAGAUCGUCUGAUGGCCCUCAUUCGUCGUGGCAACACAGCCGGACCAGUGGAUGUGUCUGAUGACGACUCACCUCCCCACUUUUCUCCCUACAUUCGAAACCAUCGAAGCUCUGUAGAAACUGUCACCACCGAUCCUUGGAUGCGGCCAGGAACAUCGGACACACUCAAGUGCUUAGACCGACCACUGAGGAGGGAGCGGGUGACAACGUAGGACCCCGGAUGUCUUCCACUUCAAUAUUGAUCCAGAAUACACCCCUCUGUCUUUAAAUUAUGAGAUCACAGUUGUUUUUAACUCACUGACUAUGUGAAGGAUGGAUAUGUCAGUAUGAAUGUUGGAUACCAGUUUGUAUUUACUUUUUUUUCAUUGAUUACAUCAUCAAUGAACCUCAAUGUCUGAUCUCACAGUGAGUUCUUGUUUAUGUGUAUUUACUAUUUUAUUAAUGACUAAAUUAUGUUUU